UUUGGCUUAUCGUUUUCUGAACUUCUUUCAGAGAUACAAAUCCUCUUCGCCAUAACCGCCGCAGCUCCGCCACCACCACCACCAUAUGACGCCGAGAACGAUAGUGAAAUUCAAAGGCGUAUUCGCCGGAAACGGCGGAUGCGGAUGCGAUUCCACGGCGGCGACAGACAUAAUCGAACCAACGCCUAAGUCCAGAAACUUCUCCGAUCGGAAUCUUGUCGCCGCCGCAAACGGUCCAUCCUCAUCGGAAAGCUCCUGGAUGAGAAACGGCGGCAAGGAUUCCGCCGUCGACGAUGAGGACUACUCCUCCUCCACGACCUUCUCCGUCACUUCCGGCGGCGGCGGCGGCCACCGCUGCACGCCGGAGCACGUCGACGACCACGCCGAAACAAUCAUCCACUCCUACCGGAAAAUCCACGGCAGCCUCGCCGUCGUCAAGGAUUCCGACGAUCCGUACAAUGAUUUCCGGCAAUCGAUGCUCCAAAUGAUCUUGGAGAACAGAAUCUACUCGAGAAACAGUCUCCGGCAGCUUCUCCACUGUUUUCUGCAGCUCAAUUCGGCGCAGCACCACGAGAUAAUUAUCCGAGCGUUCAUGGAGAUAUGGAACGGAGGUGUCGCCGCCGAGAGCGGCGCGUGACGGCGACGGCGACGGUGACGUGGAUGGCGACGCGUGGGGCGGAAUUGGGAAUUGCAUGUGAGGACAUUAAAUUGUGAAAAUUACAGUAUAAUUAAUUAGGGAGGAAAAUUUAGGGCUUGAGAUUGAAUGCAAAGGCGAAAUUAACUUCCAAAAAUAGUUAUAUAUUAUUAGCUGUAGUGUAGUGAAGUUGUAAAUAAAUAGUAUUGUAUUUAUUAUGUAUUUGUUUCCUUUUUCUUGAAAAAACCUUUUGGAUCCAGAAAAUUACUGUAAAUAUAUAAACAAAACUCCUUCCUUUUUCUCACGAUAUAUGUAAUAGGAGUAAUUUUUAUUUUGAUAUGUACAAUAUUGUUACGGAAAUUCC